AUGGAAGAGGACGCAUUUGUAGAUUUAGUGUCGUUGAAUACAUUCGACCUUUCUAAAAAUCAACUGAAAGUCCUGCAUUCGACAAUAUUUACAAAUUUUUCAAAAAUAAAAACUUUAGAUUUAAGCAAAAACAUGCUUAACAAAGUUUCAACUGAAAUAUUUAAUAACACCAGAGAAUUUAUUAAUGAACUUACACCUGGUGUCUUUAAUAGAUUAAAUCGGUUAACAUAUCUCAAUUUUCGAAACAACUAUAUCAAACGGUUCAACGGUGACGAAUUUGCUGGACUGUCACAAAUUACAAGUCUCGACAGCGCAAAUAAUCUUUUAGACACUUUACCAGAAGGUUUGUUUGACAAUACCAUUAACUUGAAUUAUUUGGAUUUAGGCGGCAACAAAUUUAAAGUGAUUUCAAACUUUUCAAAACUUUCGAAACUAUUAAAACUUGAUCUAAAACUUAAUCAGAUUUUAGGCAUAUCUCCUGCAGCGUUUAAGGAAAUGAAAGUUUUAAAAUACUUAGAUUUGUCACAGAACCGUUUAAAACACGUUGGAAAUUUGUUGUUGGAGAAUAAAAAUCUGGAGAAGUUAUAUUUAGCUGGAAACGAAUUGGAAGAUAUUAGUUUGAAAGAGACGAAAAAGAAGUUACUUGAAAUAUUAUUCAGAGGAAGUCGUUUGUACCAUAUUUCACAGGAUUUGUUUCCCAACACACUAAAAGUGCUCGACCUAUUCGAAAAUUUCAUUACUAGUGUUUCUGUAAACACUUUUGACAACAUGGUUGGUUUAAACAAAAUUCUAUUGGCUAACAAUUCUAUCAAAUCAUUGGAUCCCCAUUCACCUUGAGAGACUUCAGUUACUUGACAUUAGAUAUAAUCUCCAUAUCAUGGUCAGUUUUGUGAACAUACCAUUAAGAAAUGGAUUGUCAUUGGAUUGGAUACAGCGUUCUUUUGCAUUUUAUUAAUCCUUGUUGGGGUGUUUGUUUUGAAGAGAUGCCAGAAACUUAAGUCAGCCAAGGUAUGGAUAAUUAUUUCCAACAACCUUUUUAUUUGUAUGUACGCUGGAUGAACGCGCAAGACGGUAAAAUGGCUUUCCAAUGAUGAUUGGAGAACUUUAAGCAAGUAGCCAUUUACGAGAAGUUCGCAGGAAAAGUUUGAAACUGUCUAAAAAAUUUUAGAAAAUGUUUGGAAACUAUUAGGCUGUGAAGGGUUAAGUAUUUAUUCUUGAUAUAAUGCAAUUAUACUUUUUAUACAGGAGAAAGGUUGUGUGGUCAACUCAAGUAGCAACCAAUAUCGCACAAAUUAUGAAGAAAGAAAAGUAAAUCUUUGACUUUUCUUUUUUUAAUUUUUUUACACUAAACAAAAUACUGAGUCUACCUACUCUUUUAAAGGCGGAACUCGGCAAAAUAAUAAACUAGGGAAACACAACAAAUGAGAAAGCACACAGAAAUGAAGGUCUGAACACAUGAACUCUUAUAACGUGUAGUGAAGAUAAGUGAAGAUGAGUGUCAAGAAAACGAUGAAGCUAAUAUAUGUGAUAAUGGAGUAUACGAAAAAGCGUAAUUCGUGAUGAAAACUGUUAAGAUGACAUUUUGUAAUGAGAUUAACUUGACGCUCUCAUUAGCUUUAAUGUGCGAUGUUAAGAGAGUCCAUUGUAAGGAUUUGGGAGUGGUAUUGCUGAUGUGAUCACUUUUCGACCGUUUAAAGAUGCCUGCUUUUGGAGUGUAAGAGAUUAGCCAGUAGAUGAAUAUGCUCUGUUAAACUUUCCAUUGCUUAGUUAUUGACUUAUUAAAAGGGUUUGUUAUUUUUGUAUUUUUAUUCAUUUAUUUUUAUUACAAUUUGCUAAUUAUUAUUAUUUUAUUGCUACGAAAGAGAUAGGGAAAUGCCGA